GUUUUAAUGUGCCGAGGAUCACAAUUUGUGAUUCGUCCAAGAACUCGUGUCUACAAGAAACGUUUAGUAAAGGAUUAAUGUAUGUUCUUUGUGAUGGAGCUUUAUAGGAGUACGUUCCUUCUAGCAUGUCUAGCCGCAUCGGCUAUCAUCCUGCUUGUCUGUCCCACCGGGGCGCUGGCCGGAUGUUGUUGCCCGACUUUUUGGACUGCCUUCGAUCAUCAUUGUUAUAGGUUCUUUAGCCAAAAUUCGACUUGGAACGAAGCUGAGCGGUUUUGCCAGUCUUACACCGUACCUUCUCUCAGUGGCGAGGCAACAAGUCCGGACACAAUGGCUCACUUGGUGUCGAUUCAUUCUCAGCCCGAACAAAACUUCAUCAAUAUUCUCUACGAAUCCUCUCGGAGGAAGUCGAGUGAUUCUUUGGAUCUUCAUGGUGGUCUCUGGCUCGGUCUUCACGAUCGGUUAAUGGAAGGUGAUUUCGUGUGGUCAGACGGAACCCCUAUGGACUUUCAUGCCUGGGCACCAGGACAACCCGACUCCAGCACAAGGGAUUCCAACUGUGGUGUCGUGCGAUCAAGUACGCACACCGGGCUCUGGCGCGAUGGGCCGUGUAUCCAACCACCGACAGGAAUAAUCCAUUACUUCAUCUGUAAACUACCGAUGUGGUAGAAGAAUUACGUUCACCACAAACUCUGGACGGAAUUGAUUAUCACAGUUACAUCUCCUGUAAAAUCAAUGAUGGACCUAAUUCACUCUUAUUUGGUUGCAGAAUGUCGUUGGAGCGUUUUGAUAGGGGAUGGACGGGGAAUAAAACAUAUAAAGACCUAUAGUUGCCGACAUUAUGCCCGGGGGCACUUCCAUUCACGAGUGGAUACUAUGCGCGACCAUGGGGUCUCGAAAAGCACCCUAAACACGUAAUUUC